UCCAGUGUUUCGGUUGUAUUUUACUGUUCCUUCUCAUUUUUGCAGGAAAGGCUGAGAUAUUUGCUGGGCCUGCUGUUGUUGCUACACAGCACAGACUCGUUCUACGUGCCCGGGGUGGCUCCCAUCAACUUCCACCGCAAUGAUCCUGUAGAAAUCAAGGCUGUGAAGCUGACGAGCUCCCGGACCCAGCUGCCGUACGAGUACUACUCCCUGCCCUUCUGCCAGCCCAGCAAGAUCACAUACAAGGCUGAGAACCUUGGUGAGGUUCUUCGAGGGGACCGAAUUGUAAAUACACCUUUCCAGGUUUCCAUGAAUGUGGAGAAGAAAUGUGAAGUUCUGUGCAACUUUCCCAACAAGCCAGUCACUCUGACAGUGGAGCAGAGCAAGCUCAUUGCCGAGCGCAUCAGGGAGGAUUACUAUGUCCACCUCAUUGCUGAUAACCUCCCUGUGGCAACACGGCUGGAGUUUUAUUCCAAUCGUGAGGAAGAGGAGAAGAAGAAGGAGAAGGAUGUGCAGUUCGAGCAUGGAUAUAGGCUUGGGUUUAUGGACAAUAACAAGUUCUACCUGCACAACCACCUCUCCUUCAUCCUUUACUACCACAGAGAGGAUGUGGAAGAGAGCCAGGAGCACACCUACAGGGUGGUGCGCUUUGAGGUGAUUCCCCAAAGCAUUAAACUAGAAGACUUGAAGGCUGAUGAGAAGAGCAUGUGCACCCUGCCCGAAGCCACGGGCUCUGCCCCUCAGGAAAUAGAUCCUACUAAAGAGAACCAGUUACUCUUCACCUACUCUGUGCACUGGGAGGAAAGUGACAUUAAGUGGGCUUCCCGCUGGGACACGUACCUGACCAUGAGUGAUGUGCAGAUCCACUGGUUUUCUAUCAUUAACUCGGUUGUGGUCGUCUUUUUCCUUUCAGGGAUUCUCAGCAUGAUCAUCAUCCGAACUCUGCGGAAGGACAUUGCCAACUACAACAAAGAAGAUGACAUUGAAGAUACCAUGGAGGAAUCUGGUUGGAAACUUGUGCAUGGAGAUGUCUUCAGGCCUCCACAGUACCCUAUGAUCCUCAGCUCUCUCUUGGGUUCUGGAAUUCAGCUCUUCUGUAUGAUCCUGAUUGUCAUCUUUGUUGCUAUGCUGGGGAUGCUGUCGCCUUCAAGCCGGGGCGCGCUGAUGACAACUGCCUGCUUCCUCUUCAUGUUCAUGGGGGUUUUUGGUGGAUUCUUUGCUGGCCGCUUAUACCGGACUCUGAAAGGCCAUCGAUGGAAGAAGGGAGCCUUUUGUACAGCGAUGCUGUACCCGGGCGUUGUCUUCGGCAUCUGCUUUGUCCUCAACUGCUUCAUCUGGGGGAAACACUCCUCUGGUGCGGUGCCUUUCCCUACCAUGGUGGCCUUGCUCUGCAUGUGGUUUGGGAUCUCCUUGCCCUUGGUCUACCUGGGUUACUACUUUGGAUUUCGCAAGCAGCCGUAUGACAAUCCUGUACGGACAAAUCAGAUUCCCAGGCAGAUCCCGGAGCAGAGGUGGUAUAUGAACAAAUUUGUGGGGAUCCUCAUGGCUGGUAUUCUGCCUUUUGGAGCUAUGUUCAUCGAACUGUUCUUCAUUUUUAGUGCAAUCUGGGAGAACCAGUUCUAUUACCUUUUUGGCUUCCUCUUCCUGGUGUUUAUAAUUCUGGUGGUAUCCUGCUCUCAGAUCAGCAUUGUCAUGGUGUAUUUCCAGCUCUGUGCUGAGGAUUACCGCUGGUGGUGGAGGACCUUCCUGGUGUCUGGAGGAUCUGCCUUCUAUGUGCUGAUCUAUGCUGUCUUCUACUUUGUGAACAAGCUGGAUAUUGUUGAGUUCAUUCCCUCCUUACUGUACUUUGGCUACACUGCCCUCAUGGUCCUGUCCUUCUGGCUCCUGACGGGCACCAUUGGCUUCUACGCAGCCUACAUGUUUGUGCGGAAGAUCUACGCCGCUGUGAAAAUCGACUGAAGCUGGAAUCCUCCCAGCAGGAAUCAGACACCUCUGAACACGUGUCCUCCCAGGAGGGACAGGGACAUCUUCUCCCAACUCUUUUUAAGGAAACUAAAAUCCAUUGGGAGAGUCACAAGAGAAAUAAUUAACUCCUCGAUUUGGAAUGUAACUUUGGCACAGUGUACAUGGAUUCUGGGCUACUUCUGCGGGGAAAAGGGGUCUGUAGAUACCUUACAUUUUAACUUUAUUAUCCUGUUCCAUAUUUGAGGGAGUUUUUUAGCAGAGAAAUAUCCCUCUGUAUAAGUAAACCCCUUUUUUGCUAAUCCAUAAUUUUUUUUACGUUGAUGAUGAAUGGAUUUGAGACAGCAGUGGAAACACUUGUGAAAAUGUUUUCUUCCAGCCCCUGGGGUGCUCUAGGAUUCAGGGAGACUCUUCAGACAAGUAUCAGACUGGGUUUUUCUCCUGCCUUUGUGUCUGCACUGAAGAGGGAGCUUGACUAUGGCAGAAUAACCGGAGCCUAAAGGCUGAGCCAGCGAGAGUCCGGUGCACUCCGAUCACCGAAGUCCCGGCUUCGGAUUGUUUACAAUUUGCUGGAGGUGCCAUUCAGAGCCUGGGAAGUGCAAUUUCCCCCUGAGAGAGCUUGAGCAACCUUCAGCAUCUCCCUCCCUCCAGCCUCGGACAGCACAGGCCCCUGUGGGAGGGCGGGGUUGCCUCUCCUGCAGAAGGCAAAGGUCCUGGUGGAAGUGACGUGGUUGUGCUGGAAUACAGGACUGGAAGGAUGCAUGAGGUAACUGCAAGAGUUGGUUCUGUCAAUAGCUCUGCUCUGGAUGAGAGGAAUCGGGGCAGGCUCCUGCAGAGCCUGUGGGAGAUGGCUGCGGUGCCGUGGUGUUAGUGCCAAGUGAUGUGAGGCAGUGUUGUGCCCAAGCUGCCCGAGGGCUGUGUGGGCCAUGCUGGAGGGGCUGGCACAGGCAGGUGGCCCCCUGAGCUGUUCCAUGGCACGGGUGGGGCUCUCUCACUGGGCCUGUGCUCUGGCUGCCUUUGCUGCUCUCUACUCCUCCUCUGAAAUUCUCUACCUCCAGGGAACAGGAAAAGUGUACACCCCAUAGCUGUAUUUUGUUCUCCACAAAAAAACAGUCCAAGCUUUCCUGGAUAGCUGACAUGGGCUCUUCUUUUCCCAUGGCUUGAUGCCUGAAUCAGCCCAUGAGAAGCUCUUUUUAAAAGAGGUUAAAGUUGGGUUGUGUUG